AUGUUCGUUUUCAAGAGCCUGUCCGUGGCUGUUGCCGUGGCCGUCUUUGCUGUUGCACAUCCAACAUCACAUCUUGACUUCGAGAAAAGCAUCGUAGAGACGCUGAAAGCAACACCUUCGGGGUGGAUCAAGGAUGCUUCCGAAGCGGUGGACAAGGAUGCGACUUCCAUCACGCUCAAGAUCCACCUCGUCAACAAAGACAUGGACAAGUUCCAUGAGCACGCCAUUAAUAUCGCGACACCUGGUCAUAAUUUAUAUGGCCAGCACAUGUCUCAUGAAGACAUUCUGGCCAUGGUCGCCCCAGCCGAAGAGUCUGCUGCCCUCGUCAUGAAAUGGUUGGAAAAUGAGCUCUCGGGUGUAGGUAAAAAGGUGUCACAAAGGGGCGAUUAUGUCACCGUUGAGGCGAGCGUCAAGGAGAUUGAGCAACUUCUCGAUGCGGAGUACAACGUUUUCGUCAACUCUGGUAACAAAGAAAAGACCUUGCGCACACUCUCUUACAGUCUCCCCAAGUUUUUGAAGAGCCACGUCGAUAUGGUACAACCAACUACCUUCUUUGGCCUCAAGCAGCUCAAGUCGACCAUUUCUGAGCACCAUCUUAUCACUGAAGAAGACGAUGAAGCUCAUAUUGAGUCCGCCGCGGCAGUCACAGGUUGUACAGGUACUCGCAUCACUCCCACAUGUCUCGCGACCUUGUACAACUUCGCCAGCGCAAAGGUACAGACGGUAGGUCUCUUGGGCAUUGCCGGCUUCCUCGAGGAAUACGCAAUCAAAUCAGAUUACACUUCCUUCCUCAAGAGCUACGGAUUUUUCACCAACAAAUUCAAGUCCUUCACAUGCACUACCAUCAAUGGCGGUUCCUGUCCUUCUUCUCCUGCCGGCACCGAAGCCAACUUGGAUGUCCAAUAUGCAGGCUCAAUUUCGACGUCGGUACCCAACACCUACUACAGUAUAGCUGGACGUGGACAGUUCCUUGGCUCAGGAUCAAAUACAAACGAGCCGUAUAUCGAAUUCCUACAAUACGUCCUCGCUUUGCCCGAUCCGUCGCUCCCAAACACACUCUCCAUAUCAUACGGCGACGAAGAAGCGACCGUCCCACUUUCAUACGCGACCAACGCCUGUAACCUGUUUUCGCAACUAGGUGCUCGCGGUGUUUCUAUCCUCGUAUCUGCCGGCGACUCGGGCGUAGGCGAUACUUGCACCGUUGGCGGCAAGCCCCAGUUCACUACAGCCUUCCCAGCCGCCUGUCCAUGGGUUACCACCGUCGGCGGUACCACAGGAAAUUCUCCCGAAGUUGCCUGGUCGGGCGGUGGUGGUGGCUUUUCUGAGAUCUUUGGGCGCCCGAGCUACCAGGAUGCGACCGUGAGUAAGUGGUUCACAACGGAUACUACUCACGCGGGUGUGACAAAGUACUUCAAUGCCUCUGGACGCGCGUACCCGGAUAUCUCUGCGCAGGCGACGAACUUUGUCAUUGUCGUCGGAGGCUCAGCUACGUCGGUGUCUGGAACAUCGUGCUCUGCACCGACCACAGCUGGCAUCAUUCAGUUGCUCAACAGCGGGCGCAUCGCGGCUGGAAAGAAGGGUCUUGGCUUCUUGAAUCCAUGGUUGUACAACACCGCGAGCACCGGCUUUACUGAUAUCAAGAAUGGGGAGGGCUCCGGUCCAGAGCCAGUGCCACACAACGACUGGUACCCAGUCUCGCAAUAG